GGGAACUACAACUCCCAGCGGGCUACGCUCCCUCCAACCAAUAGCAACAGCAGGCACUGCGGGCCGGCGCGUUCCCCAGUUCCUGUUUAAAGAUGGCGGACGAGGGUGAGACAGCAGUGAAGCCGAAGACAGAAGAGGAGGCGGAAGAUGACCACGGGCACUGCAGCGACUGUGAGAAUGACGAGCACCUCUUCGACGACGGGGAUAAGAGCCCAGGGGAUGACAGCGGAGCGAAGAAGAAGAAGAAAAAACAGAAGAGGAAAAAGGAUAAAGCACCUCCGUUCCUCGGCCCUGUGAACUCACUCCCUGCUGAGAAGCUGCAGGAGAUCCAGAAGGCCAUCGAGCUGUUCUCCGUGGGGCAGGGGCCUGCCAAGACCAUGGAGGAGGCCAGCCGCCGGAGCUACCAGUUCUGGGACACGCAGCCGGUCCCCAAGCUAGGGGAGGUGGUGGUGUCUCAUGGUCCCAUCGAGCCUGAUAAGGACAGCAUCCGGACAGAGCCGUACACCCUGCCUCAGGGCUUCGUCUGGGACGCGCUGGACCUGGGCAACGCAGCCGUGCUGAAGGAGCUCUACACUCUGCUCAACGAGAACUACGUGGAGGACGAUGACAACAUGUUCAGAUUUGAUUACUCUCCCGAGUUUCUGCUGUGGGCUUUGCGCCCCCCUGGCUGGCUGCCCCAGUGGCACUGCGGAGUGCGAGUCCUAUCCAACAGCAAGCUGGUGGGCUUCAUCAGCGCCAUCCCUGCUGACAUUCGCAUCUAUGACACAGAGAAGAGGAUGGUUGAGAUUAACUUUCUCUGCGUGCACAAGAAGCUGCGGUCGAAGCGAGUGGCACCGGUUCUGAUCCGGGAGAUCACCAGAAGGGUGAACCUGCAGGGGAUCUUUCAGGCCGUCUACACCGCCGGUGUGGUGUUGCCCAAACCCGUCAGCACCUGCAGGUACUGGCACAGAUCUCUGAACCCUCGCAAGCUGAUUGAGGUGAAGUUCUCCCACCUGAGCAGAAACAUGACAAUGCAACGCACCAUGAAGCUCUACCGCCUGCCUGAGGCCCCGAAGAACAGCGGGCUGCGCCCCAUGCAGAGGAAGGAUGUCCCGGCAGUGCACCGGCUGCUACAGCGGUCCCUGCAGCAGUUUCACCUGACCCCCGCCAUGAGCCCCAAUGAGGUGGAGCACUGGCUGCUGCCCCGCGAGAACAUCAUCGACACGUACGUCGUGGAGAACCCUGAGGGCAGCAUAACAGACUUCCUGAGCUUCUACACCCUGCCCUCCACCAUCAUGAACCACCCUGUCCACAAGAGCCUGAAGGCAGCCUACUCCUUCUACAAUGUGCACACCACCACCCCGCUGCUAGAGCUCAUGAGCGACGCUCUCGUCCUGGCCAAAUCGAAAGGGUUCGAUGUGUUCAAUGCCCUGGACCUGAUGGAGAACAAGACGUUCCUGGAGAAGCUGAAGUUCGGCAUUGGGGACGGGAACCUGCAGUAUUACCUGUACAACUGGAAGUGUCCCAGCAUGGGUGCGGAGAAGGUUGGCCUUGUGUUGCAGUGACCAAUUGUCAGCAAGGCUGGGAGCCGACGCCUCCAACACCGACUGCACCAGGAAACAGAAUGGAGUCUGUGUGACCUUUGACCUGCGCUGCCAUGGGAACGCGCCACCUCGUGAGGAGCUGCAGACAACGGCCUUUAUUUUAAAGGGGGGGAAAAAAGAAAGAAAAAUUAAGAUAAAUCAAAUAUAAUUCAAAUAAACCAUACAACACUGACUUUAUUGAUUGUAUUGUCAGGCUAGACAUCAUACUGUUAACAGUACAGACGCUUGAGUUAACCACGUUCUUUCAAUAAAACAUCAUUAUUACAAAACAAUAUAUUUACAUAUAUUACAUUAAUUGAAAUCCAGGGUGGAAACAAGCUGCUGAUUCACCUUGGAGAUUCAUACUGGGAAUGCUGUCUGUCCCUUGUAGACAUAUACUGGGAAUGCUGUCUGUGUCUUGUAGAUCCAUACUGGGAAUGCUUUCUGUCUUGCAGAUCCAUACUGGGAAUGCUCUCUGUCCCUUGUAGAUUCAUACUGGGAAUGCUGUAAAAAUCCUAACCCCUAGCCAGGAGAUGUCGGCACCCGUUUUCGUGGCUGGCUCUGCAGAGUUGUCGGGGUCCAUGCGCGGAUCAGCAUGUUUCUCAGUGAUCGUUGCAGCUCCUCGCUUCACUGCUCUGCAGAGUCGUCGGGGUCCGUGCGCGGAUCAGCAUGUUUCUCAGUGAUCGGUGCAGCUCCUCGCUUCACUGCUCUGCAGAGUCGUCGGGGUCCGUGCGCGGAUCAGCAUGUUUCUCAGUGAUCGGUGCAGCUCCUCGCUUCACUGCUCUGCAGAGUCGUCGGGGUCCGUGCGCGGAUCAGCAUGUUUCUCAGUGAUCGUUGCAGCUCCUCGCUUCACUGCUCUGCAGAGUCGUCUGGGUCCGUGCGCGGAUCAGCAUGUUUCUCAGUGAUCGGUGCAGCUCCUCGCUUCACUGCUCUGCAGAGUCGUCGGGGUCCGUGCGCGGAUCAGCAUGUUUCUCAGUGAUCGGUGCAGCUCCUCGCUUCACUGCUCUGCAGAGUCGUCGGGGUCCGUGCGCGGAUCAGCAUGUUUCUCAGUGAUCGGUGCAGCUCCUCGCUUCACUGCUCUGCAGAGUCGUCGGGGUCCGUGCGCGGAUCAGCAUGUUUCUCAGUGAUCGGUGCAGCUCCUCGCUUCACUGCUCUGCAGAGUCGUCGGGGUCCGUGCGCGGAUCAGCAUGUUUCUCAGUGAUCGGUGCAGCUCCUCGCUUCACUGCUCUGCAGAGUCGUCGGGGUCCGUGCGCGGAUCAGCAUGUUUCUCAGUGAUCGGUGCAGCUCCUCGCUUCACUGCUCUGCAGAGUCGUCUGGGUCCGUGCGCGGAUCAGCAUGUUUCUCAGUGAUCGGUGCAGCUCCUCGCUUCACUGCUCUGCAGAGUCGUCGGGGUCCGUGCGCGGAUCAGCAUGUUUCUCAGUGAUCGGUGCAGCUCCUCGCUUCACUGCUCUGCAGAGUCGUCUGGGUCCAUGCGCGGAUCAGCAUGUUUCUCAGUGAUCGGUGCAGCUCCUCGCUUCACUGCUCUGCAGAGUCGUCGGGGUCCGUGCGCGGAUCAGCAUGUUUCUCAGUGAUCGGUGCAGCUCCUCGCUUCACUGCUCUGCAGAGUCGUCUGGGUCCGUGCGCGGAUCAGCAUGUUUCUCAGUGAUCGGUGCAGCUCCUCGCUUCACUGUUCUGUCUCUUAACAAUUACAAACGAGAAAGGUUUAAAAUGCCCUGGCUUUGAACUUGUCAUCUUUACAUUGGUGAAAAGCAAUGAAACAAAAAGUGUGGGAGGAGUUGGGGGGUUUAUUAGUACAAAUGUGUGCGUGGAUGAGAAAGCACUGCAAUAAUGAACACAGGAAAGGUUUAUAAUUUCUGAGGUCACACAGCACACAGAAAAUGAGAAUAAAUGCGAUGUUCAUUUCGACGUUCAUCUGCGGUUCCCAAAUAAAUUAGAAUUGAUGGCCCGUGCUACCUUCCACACCAGGCUCAUGUGUUUGUGUGUCAUUUGUUUUUUUUCCAGCCAGGCUGUUCAGUAUUUGCAUUUGUCUGGAUUGUGGUAUGGUACUUUUUCCCCAUAUUUAAAAAAAAAAAAAUCAGCAAAAUAAAAGUGCAGUUGUUUUGAUCGCUAUAACCUUGUGCAGAGUUUGGGUUUCGCACACAACAAACACACAAUGUCGAAUGAGGUUUUGCUGGAGAAGUACUGAUGGCACGGUUUACACAAUUAUAACAUUUAGUAUUGCUUUCCAGUUAGGGUUGCAAAAUUCCCUGGAAUUCUGAGAGCAGUACAUUUCCAUCGGCAGUUUUGGGAAUUUUGUGGGAAAUAUUUGGGUACUUUGGGAAUUUUCAUUUUGUAAUAUUGAACAGAUAAGUGAUCUUGGAUCAGGGUAACUGAAAUGUUUCACAAGAAAGUAAAAACACUUAAACAUUGGUUUUGAAUGAUUUGAACGCUUAAAUUUCAGAACACAAUCACAACUCAAUUUACUUCACAUUGUGCAUACUGCGAGUUAUUGAAAAGGUACUGGAUAUGUCUAGCAUUAAAGACUGUAGGCUACUAGCAUGCUGCAAGCACUGGUCAGUAAAAUAUGAGGUGCUGGUUUCGGCAGUGAUAGUGGCAACAAAAAAGUAAAACAAACAGAAAGAAUGUAACCGCCUUUCCAAGCAGUGAAUAUUCUAAGUGGGUCCCAUCUCGCCAUGUUCACUGGAACUAAUCACUCUACCUAGGCAAUAGCUGGCGUUAAAUUCACAUAGCAAUGUUAUCAGAGAUUGAGUUCAAUUCAUUUUUUGUUAGUAUUAUGUUGCUUUUUGUGGUUAGCUUGUUCACUGUUUCUGUUUUCAUCUGGUUCUGUUUCAGCAGCUGUGUAACAGGAUGAACGUGUAGCUUCUGAAAACGGAACAAUAGAAACACUUACAGCCUAGGCGUUUCCCUAUGAACUAGCAAAACAUGCGACUACAGAAUAAUACAAUAAGUACAGCCAGAGGUAAACCGUUUUAAAUCGGGCUUAUUGCUUGAUUGUUGCGUUCAUAAUUUUAAAACUAUAAAUAAACUUUCACAAGCAAAUUAUAUCUAGAAAAAGACAUUUAUUGUGUUGUUACUAUAUGCCAUUAUUUAAAAUAACUUUUAUGAUGAAAUAAUGCAUUAACAGAGAAGCUUUACUUAAAGUGAGGCAGGUAAGUAAUGACAAUGAAGUGUCACGUGUCCUUUUCUCCACGGCAGUGUAAAGAUUAUUCAGCUGUGUAUACAGUAGUUUACACUAACAGGCAGAGUUUGUGAAGCGGGGUAUCCACCUGACAAGCGCACUUCUCGCAAAACUGUAGUACAGUUAUCGUGCGGUCAGAUUCUGGUGCAAUGUUUUCAUGAUUUUACUACAGACCGCAUUUCAGGAUGAAUCGCAGAUUUCACGGUACCUGCAGUUUCUCAUUGCCGUAAUAUUAUCUUAUACCUAGAAGCCAUGGGGCCACACAUAAAACAGUUGUAUCUUGUUUCUACACAGCACGGUAUGGUACAAUGUUGUUGUUAACUGAUGAAUAUAGGAAUGUAAUUAAGACAUUUCUCUCUUUUUAAAAAAUAAAAUGGUGAUAUUCGUCAUUAAGACACUAUAGACAAAUGUUCUACUGUACUAAUAGUGUUGCUGUUUCCAUGUUAAAGCUGUAGAACCCAGUUUUUUUAAUUUAAUUUAAUUGUUUAUUAAAUGUUUAUUUUAUUUGUAUCAAU